CCAAUUCCCGAAUCACACAUAUAUUUCACAACAUCGUCUUCUUCGUUAUUCCUCAAGGCCGCCUCUCUGUGAAACCCUCGAUUCCCCAUUCUCUCCAAUCAGAAAUGGCGACGGUUCCUGGGCAGCUGAUAUGGGAGAUCGUGAAGAAGAACAAUUCGUUUUUGGUGAAGGAGUUCGGGAACGGAACCGCCAGUGUGAAGUUCAGCAAGGAGCCUAACAAUCUCUACAACUUGCACUCCUACAAGCACUCUGGGUUGGCAAACAAGAAAACUGUGACCAUUCAACCAGGAAAGGAUCAGUCUGUGCUGCUUGCAACGACUAAGACCAAGAAACAGAACAAGCCCUCCACUUUGCUUAACAAGUCUCUCAUGAAGAAGGAAUUCAACCGCAUGGCAAAGGCUGUCGUCAAUCAGGUGGCUGAUAACCAUUACAGGCCGGACCUGAAGAAGGCAGCACUUGCAAGGCUAAGUGUUGUUAACAGAAGCCUCAAGGUUUCCAAGUCCGGAGCCAAGAAGAAGAACAGGCAGAGAAUAACUGCCUAGAUCCGGGUUAGAGUAUGUUAAGCAGCCGAUGGAUAAGCCUGAGUUUCUUUUCAUGUCUAUUUCGUGCACUUAUGCGUGCCAUCGAGACCAAAUUUUUUGCAGUUGUCUUUUUACCAUGUCUAUUUCGUGCACUUAUAUAUGGUUCAGAUUUUAUUGAGUGGAGCUAUGGUAUUUAUUUUUUGGACCAA